CAAGGAAGCAACACGCUUCAUCGAGCGAAAUGUAAAGGAUGGAGGAACAUGACCAUGUCCACUGUUGUUUGUCCUCUGUAGUCCCAUCCGUGACAUUAAUAGAUUAAUAGAUGUUUGACUUUCCGUCGUUGAGAUACCGUCCCGUGUACUUAUAUGUGGCGUCCUACCCAGAUAACGUCAGAAUUUCAUUGAAAGCAAAAAGGAAAUGAAGUAUUUUGUGUCUUUUACGUGAUAAAACAAGAUGCCUCUCCUACGUUCCAUACAUUACAGAAUAUGGAGAGCUACUGUCUUCGCGCUUAAGACAAGCCGUUGGACUCGACUCUUUAGACACCUGAGUGAUGGAGUUCCUUCUGCACUGGUUGAUGCUGAAACUAUCUUUGCAUUAUCAUCCGGCCAUGGCAAGUGUGGGGUUGCUGUGGUUCGCAUCAGUGGCCCUGCAUCCACCACAGCUCUCAGGUGUAUGGCCGGCCAGACACGCAGCCUGCCUGCUCCACGCACUGCCUUGUUAAGGAGCAUCACACAUCCUCAUUCCGAAGAGGUGCUGGACCGUGGCCUCGUCCUAUGGUUCCCAGCUCCCCACAGUUUCACCGGAGAGGACAGUGUUGAGUUCCACAUCCAUGGAGGUCCCGCUGUUACUGCUGCUGUCCUACAAGCACUCGGAAGCGUGCCUGGCAUGAGGCCUGCUGAGGCUGGGGAGUUCACGCGAAGAGCCUUUCAAGCAGGGAAACUUGGCCUAACAGAGGUGGAGGGGCUCGGGGAUCUGAUCCACGCUGAGACGGAGGCCCAGAGGAGACAGGCGCUCAGGCAAAUGUCAGGAGAACUCGGUCGUCUCUAUCAGGGCUGGAGUCACAAACUGAAACGGUGUCUUGCCCACGUGGAAGCCUUCAUAGACUUCAGUGAGGAUGAGCUUAUUGAGGACGGCGUCUUAAACGAAGUUGACAGAAUUGUCCGUGAUCUGCAAGGCGAGAUGGCGCGACACCUGCAGGAUGAGAGGAGGGGUGAACGACUACGCAGCGGCGUGCAGGUGGUCAUCGCAGGAGCCACCAAUGCUGGGAAGAGCAGCCUCCUCAACACGCUCUGCCAGAGACCUGCAGCUAUUGUGUCUCCCAUUGCCGGAACCACCAGGGAUGUAGUAGAGACAGCUCUGGACAUCGGUGGCUUUCCUGUACUCUUGAGUGACACAGCAGGCCUCAGAGACAGUCUGGACCUGGUGGAGAGAGAGGGGGUCCGUCGAGCCCGUGAAAGAGUUGAGCAAGCUGAUCUGACUCUGGUGGUUGUGGACUGCAGUUGUCUCCCCAUGGAUGUCCAGCAAGCUGCAGCCUUCCUUCAGGACCACUUGGGUAGUGUCCUGCCCCCUCGGGAGCACAUCCACACAGCAUUACAGACUGACAAGUGCCUACUUGUACUGAAUAAGGUGGACCUGCUGCCGGAGGAGCAGAGACGAAUGCUGAAAAUGGAGCUCGGGAGCAUCUCUAGGCUCCCGCUGUGUGUGAUGUCCUGUCGCACUAAUGAAGGACUUCAAGACUUCCUCACGACACUCCACAGCCGAGUCAAGACACUGUGUGGCAAUCCCCUGUCUGGUGCCCCCACCCUGACCCAGGCUCGCCACAGGGCCCACCUGCAACAGUGUGUCGCCGCCCUGGAUCAGUACCAGCAAUACCGUGACCUGGACCUUGCUCUGGCAGCAGAGGGUGUCCGGUUGGCUCUCACCAGCCUGGGUCGGAUCACCGGAAAGAUCGGACCGGAGGAGAUCCUGGAUAUCAUCUUCAAAGACUUCUGCAUUGGCAAAUAGUAAAGAGGACUGCAGCUCUAUGUGACAUUUCGCAAUAAUAAUAAUGUUUUAAUAAUAAAGUCCGCCCCAGAGUACUAGUCGGGGAAAGUCAAAGCCAGGCUUCGUGGCAUAAAAAGAACACAAUCCAUGUUCUUGGCUGCAGUCAACUCCCAAGACACACAAAUGUGUGUUUUUUUUUGUUAACAGAGUGGAGUGGAAAUAUUCCAUGUGAUGUAACAGGCUACACACACGCACACACACACUAUGGGCAUGUGUUUGGCAACUUUUUAGUCAUGUUUCAAAACACAAUGGAGAAGCCUUUGAUAGGUGAAUAUUAGGCCCCUGGGUCCAACCGUGCUAAAUUUGCAGCAGCAGCUGACCACUGCAAGGUCACACACUCGGAAUAAAUAUUUCUUUUUGUUGUUUUGUUGAGACUCACUUGGAAGAGCAGAUGUGAUUUCAGCUGCAUCCACGUGUUCCUCUCGUCUUCUUUUCCUGUGUGAAAUAUGGCAUUCUGUUCAAUUCCAAAUUGUAUUUGGCUGCUUAAUGAUUGAAUAAUUUGCUGAGUCAUUGAUUAUGUUAUUCAGUAUUUUAAAGUACUGUCAGCAUCCACUGAGUGAAAAAGGAAUGAACACAUCAUUGUACUUCAA